UUCCUCAGUCAUCGAGUGCACACCCUAAACAGUGGAUUUCCACCCCUUUGGAUUACUUUCUUUGGUGGCUUUUGACUGCGCAACAGCAAUUCUGAGUGUCAAGAGCACUGACACUCGCCCGAGCACAGUGUAAGACAUUUGCAUUCAGUAAAGACUAAGCGUCAAUAUUAACUCAACUUUACUGUAAAACGUUAAGUUUUUUUUCUAAUUUCGCCUAUUGUAUUUCAUUCCAAAAGUUUAUUCGCUUUUUAAACAUUUAACAGUUAAUAAGAAACAAAAUAAAAUAAACUCAAUGACUAGAAAAAGGCAUCUAAAUUGAGAAACGAACGAGGAGAAUAUGCAAUGCAUUCACCAAUAAACACUUUCGAACUGAACGAGCGGCUAUUGGCCGCAGUGCAGACGGGCAACUUUCAUGGGGUGCUCGAUUGUCUGAUGGAGGGUGCCAGGGCAACCGUGGUGUCCACCAUCUGCGGGCGUACAGCUGUUGGUACUGCAGCGUUAGUGGGAGACGCGGAGAUCCUCGAGCUGUUAAUACAAUCUUGUGAAGAACCUGAAUUGGAUAUAUUUAAUAGAAAUCGCUCAAACUCUUUUGAAAUGGAAACGGAGUGCACUCCCGACGGUAUGGAUAAUCUCGAGUGGGAGGACGAGUUCAUCGAAAACUGUAACGAUUGUGAUCAGGCUGAUGCAGAGGAUGAAGCACAGGACGCCGAGGACACUUCCCUCUACUACUACUAUGCCAAAACAUUUGAACGCACCGGUGCAAUUAUCACCCGCAUGGAUGAAUCGUAUGCGGUAUCGCCGAGUUGUGCGCAUCUGCAAGAUAUCCACCGGGUAGACGCUCUAUUAAUGACUCCAAUACACUAUGCAGCGGCAUGCGGCCAUGUCGAGUGCGUGAGAAUGCUGAUUACGCAUGGCGCGUCGUUGGAUGUCGUCAACAGUGAUGGUUACACACCAUUGCACGUAGGCGUGGCAUACGUAGAAGUGGCGCACCUACUCCUUAAACAUGGUGCUAAUCCGAAUUUAAAAACAUUGAAUACAGGCGAAACAGCUUUGCACUUGGCCAUAAGGAAUCGUUCGGUGGCAGUGGCCAACGUUAUAUUGCAAACGAACGCGAGUAUUAACGAAACGGACGACAUCGAUCAGACGCCAUUGAUGUGCGCCUUAGCCAAUGAACUGGAUGGCGUUGCGGUCACACUUAUCGAACGGGGCGCACGUAUCAAUCUGCAAGACAAGGAGGGACGCAGUGCCCUUUACUAUGCUGUGUUGCAGAACAAUGUGCCACUGACGGUGCGUCUGCUCCAAAGGGGUGCCCGUCGCAUCACCUCACACUACCUGCUGCACCAUUGCGUGCGCUACAACAUGUCCGGCAUGGCCGAAACGUUGAUAAGCCAUGGCGAUAGCUUAAAUGUGCGCAACAAAGAUGGCGUUACGCCUAUCCUGCUGGCGAUACUCAGUCAGAAGACCGACAUGCUGGAGUUGUUGCUGCGUGUGGCUACCGUACAGCAGUCGCAAGGUGCCACGAUAGUCGACUGUGUGGAAAAUGAGCUGCUGAUCGCUGUGCAGUACAUUGACACCGUACAGGACUUCAAACCGAUAGCGCGUAUAUUGUUUGCACAUAGUGACGGCAGAUGGAUGUCCGCGUCGUUUACGUCCCUUUCGUGGUCCUGCUACAUUCCCUACUGUCAAACGCCAUUGGCUCGUGCAGUUAUGCUAAACAAAUUCGAUAUUGCGGAGUUUUUGGUUAAAGAAGGAGUGGACAUUUCUCAAGUGUGUCGCGAUCAUGUGGUAAAUAAUUUGCGUGCCACAAAUGCUGCGGGUUGUUUGGAAUUCGCCAAGUUAUUGGUUCACGCUGAUUUUAAAUUUCCUUGCCUGCGUCCGCCGUUCCCAAAUAAUUGGACCGCAGAGCGACGCCACUUCGAAAUGGAAAUGUUUCGAUUGUGUGGCACACCUUUAUCGCUCCAAUCUCUUUGCCGCAUUGUGAUAAGAAAUCAAUUGAUAGGCCUGCUUAAUAACUCGGUUAUGGUGAGACAACGAUAUCCAACAACGAAGCGCGAUUCCAGUUUAAGUCGAAUGAUCAAUUUGUUGGGCGUACCAAAGAUUUUACAAAAGUACUUAUUCGAGUUCGAUGAUUGUGCAUCUGUGAUGACAAAUACUUGUAAUAUAGAUGGUGGAGGCUAAGAAGGUUUUGAUUCAAGGCUGUUAAAAUAGAGUAAGCAAGUAAGUUAAGAAACGGUUAACAAAGCGAUGAAAGUCAACUGAUUUGAUUUACUAUCCAUCAUCCAAAGUACGUUUUGUAACAUAGCGCAACCAAUAAGCUUUUCAUCAAUUUCCAUAAAAACUGCAUAUCAUAGCUUAUCUUGUCUUUAGAGUCGAAUUCCUUGUACGUACAGAAAAUCUGUAGUUAACUGCC